GAUAAAUUGUUUCUAGAAAACAAGGCAAAAUUUCUUCUUGAAACGUGAGUGCGUUCGUGUGAUCUUGAAACGCAGUUACUGAGCAAUUUCCAUUUUAAUGAGAAAUUGCGCAGAAGCAGAUGGCAGGGGGUUCAAAUUCAAAGAGGCAUCCUGUCAAUAGGGGCACUGAUUCCAUAAACACACAGGGUAUAAUUGAAGGGAAUAAUCUGCAACCACAAAAGCAAGUGCAAGAACGUGUUACUGUUCUCGACCAACAUUUCUAUGAUGGAAUCCCAUGCUUUGCCGAUGUUUGCUUUCUCCAUAAGUCAAGCUCAAUCUCAAAGGUCUCAGAGAUGAGUUUACUCUUGAGCAGAGCUGGCUCUAUUGGAUGUGGAAAGGUUUUGGAUACCAUUGGGAGCAGCAUCACAAAUUUUAAUGCUUCUGGAGCUGCAAUUAAGGGGAACGGAAUUUCUAUUUUGGCAUUCGAGGUUGCAAACACAAUUGUCAAAGGUUUUAAUCUUCUGGAAUCUCUAUCCGCAGAAAGUGUUAGGAAUUUAAAAGAAAAGGUGCUUCUUUCAGAGGGUGUGCAAAAUUUAAUAUCAGAAGAUAUGAAUGAACUUCUUAGGAUCGUUGCAGCAGACAAGAGGAAGGAGUUGAAAGUUUUUUCUAAUGAGGUGAUUCGUUUUGGAAAUCGUUCGAAGGAUCCUCAGUGGCACAAUUUAGAUCGUUACUUAGAAAAAAUUAGCAGACAAUUAAACACCGAAAGACUGUCAAGAGACGAGGCAGAAUCAAUAAUGCAACGAUUGAUGACUUUGGUUCAUUUUACAGUUAAAUUGUACCAUGAGUUAGAUGCUUGGGAUAAACUUCAACAACAUUUUCAGCGUGAUGAUGAUCUUGCAGUCUUGAGCGCGGAAAUUAAAAGCCGAAAAAAGAAGCAAAUUAAUCACUUAAAGAAAAAAUCACUCUGGUCUAGAAAUUUGGAGGAGGUUAUGGAGAAGCUUGUAGAUAUUGUCCUUUUUUUGCAUUUGGAGAUAACCAUUGUGUUUGGCAAUACAGAUUACCACGAACAAUCAAUUGGACACAUGAACAAUUGCCAAAGAUUGGGCCCUGCAGGCCUUGCUUUGCACUAUGCAAAUAUAGUGCUUCAAAUUAAUACUCUUGUAGCCAAAUCAACCACGCCUGCUGCAAAUACAAAGGAUUCACUAUAUCAAAGCUUGCCUCCUAAUAUAAAAUUAGUUCUACGUUCUAAUUUACCAUCCUUUCAUGUUGCAGAAGAGCUAAGUGUAGCCGAUGUAAGAAGUGAGAUAAAGAAAACCUUACGUUGGUUGGUCCCCAUGGCCACUAACACAUCCAAAGCACAUCGUAGAUUUGGUUGGCUUGGCCAGUGGGCAAACACAAGGUACGAGGUAAACAAAAAGAGUGGUUUAAUGUGGAUUGAGACAUUCCACCAUGCAGAUAAAGACAAAGUGGAACAUUAUAUUCUUGAAAUUCUCUUAUGGUUUCAUCGCUUGGCCAUCAGAAGACUGACUGACUAUGAUGCUAUUGGUGGCUAAGUAAGAUCUGCCAUCAAAGGACGCAAUUGCCUGAAUAACCGUCCAAAAAAAUCUUUGAUAUUAGGAAUUGUAACUUAUAUUUACACAUUUUUGUGGUUAAUUUUUGUGAUGAAAGAGGACGUGAACACCAGAUCAUCCUCUUACUUUUCUUUAAGGAAGUGCGUGUCAUUUGCACAAUCAUUUGUUCGGUUAAAAUAAUUUUCUGUCAUAGCUAGGAAAGAGGUAUGUACUCAUUACGUAACAAAUUGGUUGAGCCGGAUAGAAUAUUGAUUCUAAUGCAUAGUUUAUAAUUAAUUUUUUUAGAUCAAACAAUCUUUUAGCUCAUUUAUGAUUCAAGUUCUAUCAUCAAUUAGUUUUUAUCAGUCAAAUAUAAUUUUGGGAAAACAAUUUUAAUUUUACCAAAACCGUAAUUUUGUAGCUAGGCAAUGUUAUUAAACCAAUUUCAAGGCGAUGCACUACGUAUUCUGUCGCACACUAGCUCACUUUUCUUCUCCUGAUUAUUUCUUUUUAGUUUAUUUUUGAUCCCUAAAACCUUACCUAAAAAUCUUAAAUUAAAUUGUUAAAUCAACUUUAGUUAACUUUGUUAGAAUAUUUAUCCUAUUUAUUAUCAUUAUGUUGUGUUUAAAGUUAUUCUAUUUAUCAUAUGCUUUUGUAUCAAAACUUUCUUAUAUAUAGAAUUAGAGUGAGAGGGAUCUUUCAAACUCUCGAGAAUUAUUUUAUAGUUUCAAUCUCAAGUUGAUACCAGAGCGAGGAUCGUGUUUUGGUUUUUGUCUAGUCUCCAAACCUUAGUUGUUGUCUGCAACAGUCUGGCACCAUUUGUCGUUGUCCGGUGUCGUUUGCCGCUGUCCACCAUCGUUUGGCACUGUUUUGCCAUUGUGAGAAGCUGUCCACUGAAGUUUAUCACCAUCAACCUCUAUUCCCUGCAAUUUCGACACCGUCCACCACUGUUCACCGCGGCUAUCGUCACAGUUUAGUCCGGUGACCACCAGAUUAUCCCUUGAUCUGAAAUGACUUUUGGUAGUGGCAUCUCUUUAUCUUGAAGUCCCUCUAUCAGUUUGAAAAGUUAAAUGGAAAAAAUUACUUAUCUUGGUCAGCUGCCGUUGAGAUGUGGCUUCUUGAUCAAGGUUAUUUAUGAUCACCUUGAGUAAGAUGACAGCCAUGUACUGACUGAUACAACUAACCAGUGGAAACAAGCAGAUUUCCAGUUGUGUGCUUUGUUAUGACAAUCAGUGAAACCCAAACUUCUUAUAUCUCUGAGAGCUUUCAAAACUUGUCACUCCUUUUGGAAAAAAAGCUCAAAGUAUUUAUGCCAAUGAUAUUCAACAUCCCUAUGACAUGGCAAACAAACUUGUAGCUCUUAAAAUGGAAGGGCGUGAACUAGUGGAACCCUUUUUCAUGGUUGCCACACGAGGAAGAGGAAGAUGUGACACUAGAGGAGGAGUACGAGGAGGUCAAGGACGUCCUCAAUCCACAUACUAUAAAAGGAUGAGUGACACUCAAGAGAAUUGUUACUCCUUAUAUGGUUUCCCUUCCAAAAUCCAAUAUUUCGAAGAUUGAAUCUACCACUUCUAAGUUCACUAAAGAUGAAUAUCAAGAGUAUCUAUAGUUGAAGUUUAAUAGCUUAGCACAACCAUCUCAAUCUCCCAGUACACAGCUUGUAUAUCGCAAUCCAUGAAAGGUCAAAAUUCAUGGAUAAUUGACUCAGGUACUUCUAAUCACGUUUUUGGUAAUACCUCUUUAUUCUCAUCUACUUCCUUUCGAGAAAAAACUUAUUUCAUAACCCUUUGCAAAUGGAUUUAAAACAUCCUCAAAAGGAAUCAGUCAUGUUUCCUUGCUUCCCUCCUUCAAUCUAAACUUUAUCCUUUUUGUCCCUAAUUGUCCUUUUAAUUUAACUUCCCUAUGGCAGUUGACAAAAAUGUUAAAUUGUUCAACAAUUUUUUUCACAAAUCUUUUAUUACAGGGGUGUGGUUCAAGGAGACAGAUUGGAGAAGGAUAUGAAACUAGCAGAUUAUACCAUAUUGAAUCUCGACCAAGGGUGUCUUGCAUUGCUGCUCCUAAUUCUAAAAUGUUACAUGAUCGACUUAGUCAUCCUCAUUUGUCCAAAUUAAAAAAAUGUACCCUGAACUCAGUGGUCUCCAAACUUUAGAAUGUGAGUCAUGUUAACUAGGAAAACAUGUUAGAUCUACCUUUCCUAAAAGGUCCCAAUCAAUAUUAAUUCUAGUUUUUCCAUCAUCCAUUCUGAUAUAUGGAGACCUAGUCAUAUCUCCUCUUUUGGUUUUAGAUAUUUUGUAACCUUUAUUGAUGAAUAUUCAUGAUGUACCUGGGUUUAUCUUAUGAAAAAUCAUUCUGAAUUGUUAGUCAUCUUUACAUUUUUUUUUUGAAUGAAAUCAAGACUCAAUUUGGUCAAGUAAUCAAAAUAUUAAGAAAUUAUAAUGCCAAAGAGUAUUUCUCAUCCUCCUUUUUUGCCAUCUUGAGUUCCCAUGGUAUCUACUUAUCCUUAUACACCGCAACAAAAUGGUAUUGCAGAACGAAAAAAUAAACAUUUGGAUGAAACUGCCCAUACCCUUUUGCUUGGUGCCCAUAUUCUUGUCCAUCACUAGAGAGAUGUCAUCUUAACUGCAUAUUAUCUUAUUAAUAGGAUGUCUUCCUCCUCUCUUAAUCAUAAAGUCUAUUUCUCCAUUCUCUUUCCUAUUGAUCCUCUCUUUCACACAUCUCCCCAAGUGUUUGGCUGUGUUUGUUUUGUUCAUGACAUGUCUUUAAAACUAGACAAACUCUCUGCUCGCGGUCUCAAAUAUGUCUUCUUAGGCUAUUCUCGACUUUAAAAAGGAUAUCAAUGUUAUUCUCCUGAAACUAAGAAGUAUUACAUGUUUGCCAAUGUCACAUUCUUUGAAGACUCUCCUUACUUUUCUCCAUCUGUUCAGGAUGUUUCUAUCCUCCAGCAAGUCCUUCCUAUUCUAGUGGCUGAGUCAAAUAGCUCCACUGUCUCUGUCAUUCCAAAUCUUGAUCACAAUCCUCAUGCACCCAUUUCUCCACAUAUUGAGAUCACCCACACAGGGUCCCAAUAAAUAGUCCAUCUCCCUAAGAAAAUAGUGAAUCUCCUACUUGAGAUUCUUCUUCCUCAUCACCUCCUCCCACGCCUCCUAGUGCAAAUGAUUUAGCAUUGCCUAUUGCCCUCAAAAAAGAUACUCAUUCCACUCAAAACCUUCAUCUCAUUUAUAAUUUUCUUAGCUAUCAUCGAUUGUCGCCCUACUAUUUUUCUCUUUUAUCCUGAGUGGAUGGAAACAAGCUAUGAUUGCAUAAAUGCAUGCUCUUUUGACCACAAUAAUAAUUAAGAGUUGGUGCCCCUUCCCCGGACAAAAAGGUGUUUGGUUGUUGAUGGAUGUAUGCAGUCAAUGUCAGCCCUUAUGGUGAAAUUGAUGGGCUCAAAGUCUAGCUUGUUGCAAAAGCUUACACUCAAGUUUAUGGUCUUGAUUAUUGUGACACUGUCUCUCUUGUAGCCAAGAUGACUAUUAUUUGCCUUUUCUCUGCCAUGGCCACCAUUCGUCACUGGUCAUUUCAUCAAUUGGAUAUCAAGAAUGUUUUCCUACAUAGUGAUCUUAAGGAAGAAGUUUAUAUGGAGCAACCUUCUAGGUUUGUUGCUGAGGGGGAGUCUGGUAUGGUAUGUGUUGGAAGUCCCACAUCGACUAGAGAUAAGGCCAAUUUAUAAUAUAUAAGUGGGGUGCAGACCUCACAUUACAAGCCGGUUUUGUGGGGUUGAGUUAGGCCUAAAACCCACUUCUAACAUGGUAUCAGAGCCAUGACUGGAGCCCAUCCUAGCGAUUUCUGUUGUCGUUGGGCAUAUUGAUCCACCCGCUAUCGGGCCGCUAUCGGACCACCCAUUAAAAAGUCUAAUCCCACGCUCGAGAUGUAUAUACCUCGGGGUGAGGGGGGUGUGUUGGAAGUCCCAC